CGAACCACGAGCCGUCGAACCGCCGCCCGCCGCUACGCGAAAAAUAGACAUAGUUUGAUGUUGCUCCGAAAUAAUUCGAGAUAAUAGAAAACGGCACUGGACGCACGGCUCUGCGCAAGUCACCACGCCACGCGCCCUCUGUUUUCCCUGGAAGUCGGCGAUACCGAGCAGUGACGAUGCCGAUGUACGAGCGGCCGGCGUUUUGGCGAGUGCCCCACCAGCGCAUGGAUCCUGGAAAUGAGCCCAGGGAUUUCGGACAGAGGAGAAGGGUAACCCCGGGAGCUCCCGCCGGCAGAGAGCUGGUGCGCGGAGACAUCAUCGCUAAAAUCGACGACUACGACGCACGCGACCUGCGACACGAAGACGCUCAGAAUCUCUUCAGGAAUGCGCCCAAACAGAUCAAGCUUGUAGUACAGAGGGACGUGGACCGUGAAGGACCGCGCGGCUCGGGCACGCCGAUGGCGCCGCGCUCACCCAUACCCAAUGCCGCUGCACCACCAUACAGGACGCCGAGCCCUCAAAUCGGAUCCAACUGGCGCGGUCCUGAGUCUCUGCCGCGAACACCCGUGCCUUCACACGGCCCCGCCGGUCCGGCUGGACUGGCCCAGUACACGUACCCAGUGCAAGUGGAGGGAGAAUACAGGACCCUGAUGCUCUCGCCCUCCUCGACACGGACUGAUGAAACCUUUGACGAGUCUAUUCAGAGCCAGCCGUACCGUACGACGCCCCUGGUGCUGCCGGGCGCGAAGGUCCGCCGCGAGCCCGGGCCCACAGAGAGCUACCUGCGCCACCACCCCAACCCGGCCAUGCGCGCGCCGCCCAGCCACGACUACCGUGACACACUCAUGAGGCAGAAGGUGGCAGAGUCGGUGUUGCAGCGAGUGGUUGGCGAAGACGCGAAUAAGAUGGUGCACAAGCAGUUCAACUCCCCCAUCAAUCUAUACUCGGAACAAAACAUCGCCAACUCGAUCAGGCAACAGACCUCGCCGUUGCCCGCUAACGGCCAUUACGGGCGGCCGCACGUUGUCAAGAGUCACAAGCCGACCGUGGUGUACGACCCGGCGCAGUCCGACACGUUCCGCGCGCUGCAGGAGGAGGGGCUCGGCGACGUCGUGCACGAGGUGCCCACGCCCGUCGUGCCCAAGGUCUUCACUGCGCCGCCCGUCAAGAAAGGGCCAGUUCCGAGACCUGUCAAACCUGAAGAGAAACCGAAAGGAAAACAAACGACCUUCGUGAACUCGUUACACGAAGAGCACAUCCAACAGUCGAACUCUUUCAAACGCCUCAUGUACAACGUGCUCGGCGACACCGAGUUCUAGCACCUCUAGCCACACAGUAUUACCGUCACCUACAAGUUCCUAAACAUUACGGCAAACUGUAUCAAUAUAACGUGCCAAUUUUACUGACUUUAACAACAAAUUCAUUUUUAAACACAUCAAAAGUCACACUACGCAAUAAAUACGUGCGUAACGUGUAGACCUUGAUAGUAAUUCUGCUUAGUUUGCCGUAACAACUCGAUGGACUGAGAUGUACAAUGGUUUCACGGUUAGCUGCAGCGCCAUAUAAUAUUAGACGUAAUGACUUGUUGGGUUAGCAACGAAUAAGACUAACAAAAUUAAUUUUAGGAAGCUAUUAUAAUAAUGCUCCUGGCAGUGUGUCAUAUUAUUUUUCGGUGGAUUUAAUUAUUCUAAUACUCGAGUAUUAGUGAUAUAAUUUAUAUUUAUAUUAAGUAGAAAUGUAAUGUUUAUUACUAAGUGUUGAUUUUCUGUUUGAACAGAAAUUUAUUGUUUAUGAAUACUUAUGAGAAAUGUUGAGUGUACAGUCUAGUCACUGCGACCCGAGCUCUGGUCGUACCUACGAGAAUGAAAUUCGAUCAACCUUAAAUAAAUAAUUUAUUUUUAUUUA